CGCGCAUAAGUAUGUCAUCCAUGUGCUCUGAUGUUCGGUCUACUUUACCAAACUGCAAUCAAAGAUAGUACUCGCCUGGGAUGGGUUUGAAAGGGAGCUGUUGAGUUUGGGGUGAUAGUUUAAAGGAAAUCAAGGAGAUACAAGCCGCUAUGAUGCAAGAAAUUCAAACUGGCGCCACAAAUUUUUGUGAUCUUGAGCGCAACAGCUCUAAUUGUACAUCACAACAAUUCAUGCCUCCAACACAACAACAUAUUACCUCAAGCCCUACAGAUAUUCACAUGACUUCUUUAGAAAGCGAAGAGAGCGACAAUUCAAAUCCGGAGUUAGAGAGGGCUCUAGAAGCGUUUGUAAGCCAAGAAAUACAAGGCAAGAUCAAUAAGAUCCUUGAAGAUGUCCAGCAGUUAUCUGAUACAGAAAAGCUACUCCUAUAUCUACGGUUGCCAGGAGAAUCAUGCUCCGACACUAAAGAUGAAUUUGAACAAAAUCAGGGUCUGCCCAUUUCUACAACAAGAGCUGAACAAACACAGGCUUUUCAUUGGAUCAGAUGUCACUUGGAAGAGUGUGAUAACAGCUCUACGCUGCCAAAACAUGAGGUCUAUGAUGAGUAUAAAGCUUACUGUGAAAGUAUGAGUGCAUCCAGAACCCUAAGUGCACCCGAUUUUGGAAAGAUCAUCAAGUGUGUGUUCCCCCGAGUGAAGGCCAGAAGACUUGGUACCAGGGGGAAUUCCAAGUACUGCUAUAGCGGGAUUCAAAGGAAGAAAAAUGUUAAACCUCCAACUCUACCUUCUCUUCAAAUUCCUGUCAACAAUGACAGAGAUAAGGCUAAUGGAGGUCAAGGAAAUGGCAUGAACGGAGGUGAUAAGAUUGAGGAAGAUCAGACCUUAUCAGCAGCCUGUCUCCUUGUGUGUGAAUGGGCUAACAAGCUACUGGGCCGGGUCUUCACCACCCUCAUUGAGCUUGCACGUUUCCUGGUGGGUGGUAGUUAUGUGUCCAGCAAGUCUAUGGCAGCUUUUGUUGUCAUGUCCAGUACAGAGAACCAGCCUCAGACCAAUCAGUUGACACUUUUCUCGCCACAAAAAGUUGAGGACCCAAUAGUUCUGACGCAUAAGAGACGUCAGACACAGCAGCAGUUCCAAAAGAAGAUUCACCAAAGACAGCAACAAAAGCAGAUUCACCAAUCCCUGGGACAUACUAUCCUUCCACAAGCUACAGGGCAACCCACCCAGAUCAUCUCAAAAUCACAGUCUGAGCACCCUCGUCAUAACCAGCCCAUGCAUGUAACCCUAAAACCCGCACAGGGGCCAGCCCAGUUCUACCAGCCCUCCCCUCCACACCCUUCCCUGCAGGGCUCAGCACCCCCUACUCCCACCAACACCUUCCCAAAGAUGCGGCCACUGACCCCAUCCCUCAUGUCUCCAACAUCGCAAGGCAUCCAACAGGCCCCACAAACACCCUCAUUCCAGGCAUCUCCCAAGUUUAACCCUCCAGGCACACCUCAGAACAGACCUGUCACCCCAAGCUCUGGGAGUACUACUAGGCAGACACCCAACAGUAUUGAGCCAACCAGGUUCCACUUCACGCCCAUCACUAACGGUACACACGAGCAGAAAGGACAACGUGGGGAGGUCAGUCCGCCAACCACAUUACGACCCACUGCUACCCAUCCUGGAAACCAAGUGCAUGAGUGGCAACCUGGAGGUUCACAGAAUCAGGAUGUCCCUUUGUCUCCUACUAAACAGCCACGCCUUACAGCCACACCCACAAGGAGACCAGUAUCAUUCCCGUACCCCCUAUCAUCCCCUCGGACACCGCAAAGAAUGAACCAGCAAUUUGUGACGUCACCACCUAUGAUGUCACCAAAUACGCCCCACCCAUUAAUGUCACCAAAUGUCAAUCAGCGAGUGCAGGAGCAGUUGAUUGUGCAAAGUGGUAAUGGACAGGAUGGGAUGGUUGGCAUGAGACGGGAUGGCGACAGCAGUCCAAAUAUGGUUACGGAUCACAUGAUCAAGCAAGGUUGUUUGACGCCACGUCCCUGCCGUUACAGUACCAGCUCCGACGUCCAAAUGCCCCCAACCCCACUCUCCCAGAGUGUUGAUUAUUCUGCAGAGCUAGACUCCAUCUGUACUGUCACCAAUGCAGGGCCCAUGCCCCCUCCUUACCAGCGGAGUCAGUCGGUCCCUCCCCUACCACAAAACGCGUUCAUGGACAAACGCCUCCAACCGCUAACACCUCAGACCGACAAUCGACUUAUAGGAACACCCACCUCAAUGGAUAACGGCUCGUCCAAUCAACACAUCAACGGCUUAAAGGAAUUGCGCAAUCGUGUUUUACACGGUGACGUUAAUAACAAUGGGUCUCGGCCCAGUCCCAACGAGGUUUUCGCUGCUCGCCGUAAUCUUACCUCGCUUCUGAACGCAGAGGCCCUGGGUGCUAAUGCACAUCAUCCGGGACCUUCAAACUGGAACACCGAGAGUUUUCAUAGCAACCAAACCGGCUCAACCAGUAGCGAGGAACAGGAAAUGGAAAUGCUGGAGACAAAUUUAAACUUUUCUGACCUGACUAGCGAUAGUGAUACGCAUUUGCCGGAUUUUAACCCUCUGAGCGACGAAGUCCUGAGGAGUAUUUGCAACAACACAAGCGGUGUCUGGCCGACUUCGGACGUGGGGGCAUGGGGCGGCUCUCAUACCCUGCAGAUCAUGGAAUGACGUCACACCCUUUAAACGCCAUAAACGUAGAGUAAAGGCGUUGAUAAGGACCGAUAGCGCCAGGAUCGUAAUGUUCUUAUUUCAAUGUCUGGUAUUGCCUUUUAUAUGGAUGUGUUUCAUCAUCCACAUUUUAUAU